UUAAUUAUAGUAAUUAAAACAGUUAAAAGUCGACUCUCCAAACACAGUUCCUUCAAACCCCAUGGAGUCCAUGUCUUUUCACAAGUUUUCUGGGAAUUAUUUGGUGUUGAGGCCAACCGAAGUGAGCGUUUUCGAUCUGUUUCGCAUCCUGUGGAGCCAUGACCUUGAAGAGAAAGCCAUAGUUCAGUGCCCACCGGAGAGAUUACAGGAAAAUAUCCGUCGAAAAUGGCUUAUUUUCAUGUCUCUAUCGUCCCAAAAGCUCCUUCUCCUUGCUGCAGAGCCAAUGAGAUGGAUUGGAGAAAAGCUGGAAAUGUGGGUGAACUUGGUCUCGCUGAACCGCAAUGUUUUCGUGCUUUUUCUCAAUCUUUUGCGAGGUAAGGUGAAAAUGCCGGAUCGAAGAUCGGAAGUUUUCAUGUCGUUCAUCGGAGGUCUAGAUACGCGAGUUGAAUUAGAUAAAGAUAUAAAACCUGGGGAUUGUAGAUACUUUGGAGCAAUGGCGGCUAAAUUAUCUUACGAGAACGAAGCAUUUGUUCGAAGAAUAAUUAGAGAUUAUUGGAAGAUGGACUUAAUCGGGUACUACAACUUCUGGAAUGAUUAUCAAAAGAAAAACAACACACAAGCAUUUAUGGUUUACGAUAAAACAACAGACAUGAUAAUCGUAGCAUUCAGAGGAACCGAACCCUUUAACGCCGAUGAUUGGAGUACUGAUUUAGACGUCUCCUGGUUCGAACUCGACGAGAUGGGCAAAAUCCACGGUGGAUUCGUGAAAGCACUAGGGUUAGUUAUGGAAAAAGGUUGGCCACCGUACGUCGACAACGACAACCGCCACGGCCACCUGCUCGCUUACUACACUCUACGCGAGAAGCUGAAAGAAAAGUUGAAUCCAGCGAAUAAGACGAGAUUCAAGGUGACCGGUCACAGUCUUGGUGGCGCUUUAUCGAUACUGUUCCCAGCUGUUUUGGCGUUGCACAAAGAACGGUUGCUGUUGGAGAGACUAGAAGGGGUUUAUACGUUCGGGCAGCCGAGGGUGGGUGACAAAAAAUUCAAAGAGUUCAUGGAAAUACAGUUGAGGAAUUAUGGGUUUAGGUAUUUGAGAUACGUUUAUUGCAAUGAUAUGAUCCCUAGAACUCCUACAGAUGACUUGGCUUUUUUGUAUAAGCACUUUGGGAACUGCAUUUACUUCAAUAGUUUCUAUAAAGGGAAGAUACUCGAGGAAGAACCGCACAAGAAUUACAUCUCUCUAUUUGCAUGGAUCCCCAGGCACCUGAAUGCGGCGUGCGAACUUGUAAGAGGGCGGAUUCUUCUGCCAUUGAUAAAGGGAGCUGAAUAUAAAGAAACGUGGUUGCUUAUGAUGCUUAGAUUAUGGGGACUUGCUUUCCCUGGUUUAUCUGCUCAUAAUACCCAAGAUUAUGUUAAUGCUACCCGGUUGAUUUCUCGUCGGAUUUAUCACCAACUUCAACAUCACCGGCAUCCUUGGAAAAUUAUCAACGGAAAGCAAGAAUAGCUCAUCUU